GCAAUCUGUCCCAUCGCUAUAUUCUUUCCGUCACGAUCCAGUGAUACAUAACUGCUCCUCGAUUUUUAACCCCAGGCGCGUGGAUUCCACUCCUCGUCUUCAUUGUCCUCCUUUCUCAAGAUUCUAUGCAUCGCCCACAAACAAUCAUUCUUUGGGUUCCCGGAGGAGACAGCUUCUUUUGGGCGGAAUGAGUAAAUGGAAACGUACGAGCUAGAUCCUGAUGUUACUCGGUGGGGCCUCCAUCUGCUUGAUGUUUGCGCCCUUAAAAAUACUGGUUGUUGUAGUACCAUUACUCAGUAUGACCAAGAUUUAAGUCAAGUUGAGUAUGUCAGAGAAGGUUUUUCUGAGAAUGCUAAUGUGGAGAAUGAUGAGGUUGUAGCACGUGCUCUUCAAGAAGAAUUUUCGCGAAUCUAUUCUCUAGAAGCUUCUGGAUUAUCUAAUGUUGGGGAAGCACAUUUGCAAGCGUCUGUUCUGGCACAAGAUUGGCUCGGUCCUUCAGAAAGACGAUACAGUUCUGGGCAUGAAAAUGAUAAGAAAGCAGGACAUAAUCCUGGCAGAAAGAUGGAGGAUGCAGAUCCCAGCAAAAGCGUAAUACUGAAGGCUGAUGAUCACAGAAAAAUUGGAAAUGAUCUACUGGCUGAACUUGAAAUUUUCAAUUCAUGUUCUUGUCCAUGGGAAAGAUUAUCCAAUGCAGAAGACUGUUUGCGUACAUUGGAUAUUACAGACGAGUCUGCUCUUGAUGGUGAAGUAGGCAAAAGAUUUAAUCAGAUGAUUCCUGUUCCUCAUGUCCCUAAAACAAAUGAGAAAAUGCCCUCUGUGGAUGAAGAAAUAUCAGAUCACCAAAGGCUGCUAGAAAGACUGCAGUUAUACGAUCUGGUUGAGCUUAAGGUUCUAGGGGAUGGUAACUGUCAGUUUCGUGCUUUAUCCGAUCAACUGUAUCAUUCUCCUGGGCACCAUGGUUUUAUUAGAGAACAGAUUAUUCGACAGCUCAAGUCUCACCCAGCAAUGUACAAGGGUUAUGUCCCCAUGGCCUACGAUGAUUAUUUGAAGAAAAUGAGCAAGAAUGGCGAAUGGGGUGAUCAUGUGACAUUGCAAGCUGCUGCAGACUGGUAUGGUGUCAAGAUAUUUGUUCUAACUUCAUUUAAGAACACAUGUUACAUUGAGAUCCUUCCUCAUAUCCAGAAGUCCAACCGAGUUAUUUUCAUGAGCUUUUGGGCUGAGGUGCAUUACAAUUCAAUUUAUCCAGAGGGAGAUCUGCCUGCAUCCCAUGUAAAGAGAAAGAAGAAAUGGUGGGAUUUUGGAAGCCUGAUUGGCUCAUGAUGGUUGCAAAACUUCACAUUCAACUCUUUUGCCGGUUGAGAAGCUUUAGAAUUAUCAUCCCAGUGUAAAGCUCUUCAACCUGUUGCUCCCUGCUAAGUACAGAGGGAUGUAUAUAUUUUUUCUACUUGUCCAACAAGAAAGGAAAAAUAGAUUGUCCAUGGUUUUGCGAUGUGAUGGACAGAGAUUCAGAAUGAUGCAUAUGGUUCCUUUUUGGGUGCUGCUGAUGAGUGAUGCUGCGCUGCCGAUUCUUUUUGUAUAUAUUACAUUAUAUUCUUUUUAUUUCAAAGUCCUCUUAGCUCCAUCACUGUAUAUCUACCCAUCCUUUUUCUUUUGAUAAUAUGUACUAGGAUUUUCCCGUCCUU